GCACUCCCGAGAAACCAGGAAGAACUUGAAGGAGUACUUCCUGUUUGUGUCGGCGUGUGUUGGUCGUUUGUGGAGAACUUUUCUGAGAUUCUUCUCUAACAGUGGAAAUAAUAACCAGAGAUGGCGAGAAACGCAGAGAAGGCCAUGACGGCGCUGGCUCGCUUCAGACAGGCUCAGCUCGAGGAGGGGAAAGUCAAGGAGAGGAGGCCGUUUCUGGCCUCAGAGUGCAGCGAACUCCCUAAAGCAGAGAAAUGGAGACGGCAGAUCAUCAGUGAGAUCUCGAAGAAAGUGGCUCAGAUCCAGAACGCUGGUCUCGGCGAGUUCAGGAUCCGUGAUCUAAACGAUGAGAUCAACAAGCUGCUGAGAGAAAAAGGUCACUGGGAAGUCCGGAUCAAAGAGCUGGGAGGCCCCGACUACGCGAGAGUGGGUCCGAGGAUGCUGGAUCAUGAAGGAAAGGAGGUUCCUGGUAAUCGGGGGUAUAAAUACUUUGGAGCAGCCAGAGAUCUUCCUGGAGUCAGAGAGCUCUUUGAGAAGGAGCCUGCCCCAGCACAGAGGAAAACAAGGGCAGAGCUGAUGAAGGAUGUGGACGCCGAAUAUUACGGCUACAGAGACGAGGACGACGGCGUGCUGCUGCCUCUGGAGGCCCAGUACGAGAAACAAGCGGUGAUGGAGGCGGUGCAGAAGUGGAAAGCAGAGAGGGAGUCUCGUCUGUCAGGAGAUAAACAACAACAGGAAGAGGAAGAAGAGGAGAGCAUCUACACUGUCCACAAUGAAGAGCCAGAAGAUGAGGAAAGCCGAGAAGAGCUGGAGGGAGAGGAGGGAGGACUCACCUUCAUCGCACAUGUCCCUGUUCCCUCACAGAAAGAGGUGGAGGAGGCUCUAGUCAGGAGGAAGAAGAUGGAGCUGUUACAGCGUUACGCCAGCGAGACUCUCCAGGCUCAGAGUCAGACGGCUAAAACUCUGUUAGGACUCUAACCCGUCCGUCUCUGUCCGUCUGUUGAUGUAAAUAUUCACUGUUUUUGUACUUGAACCGUUUCAUAUUAAAUCUUUGAUCAGC